CCCUCGAGGCGAGCACCGCUUUGUGGCGCGCGGCGCCUUGGAAGCUUUCGGUUAAAUGGCACUGCAUCUAGCAGGUGUAUUUUGUGACCAAAGGUCCAGGCCGCUGUAAGGAAAGUCUCAACUCAUCUCCUUGGCAAUUUCCGAUUUGCAUCUGUACGCCGAGGCGAGUGACCUUGAAACCAUGGACCCGCGUGAAGCCGGUGGAGGUUCCGCUCGGCCACACGUGGAUGUAGUCGUUGAUAAACAAGUCUUCCGGAUAGAGCGAGAGAUGCUCACCAAGUACAGUCCUUUCUUCAAGCGCACAUUCGAGAAGGAUGAAAACAGGAAAAAGAACAAGCUGAAGCUCUCUGGCAUUUCUGCUGCCACGUUCAAAAUUCUUCUCCAAUACAUGAGAACGGGACAACUGAUCGUAGCACCAGAAAACGUGGCAGACGUUUUCAGUGCAGCUUUCCGCUUGCACAUGUCAGACGUCGUCAAGAAGUGUAUUCAGUUGGAAACCGAAACAACGCCAAUGGGACAACAAAUGUUGAUGUACUCUGCUGCACGGAGGCUGAACCUAGAGGACGAAGAGAGGCGGUCCUUCGACUUCUUGACCUCCCACUUCAUGUCAGUUGUUACGACCAAGGAAUUCCUCGAGAUGGAAAUGGAGGACGUUAUGCAACUUAUGUCAGCGGAAUCCAUAGGGUGUCGACGUGAAAUGGAAAUAUUUGAAGCUGGCAUGCGAUGGCUGAAUUACGCUCCCGAGCAACGUUAUAAGCAAGGGGAGGCGCUGAUGAGCGUGGUGCACUUCGACAACAUGAACGUUCAGGAGCUACACCAAUGUCUGGAAUAUCCAGGCAUCUCAGACAUGCUCAGCGUCCGCAAAAAAGUUAUCGCCGCUAUCUGCAAUCGUUCUACCAACAAUGACAAAGAAAUCUCACUGCGUCCUCCGAGGACGUACAAGCUACUAGAGGAGCAGCUCGUCAGUAAGCAGCCGAACAGCCCAAUCGAUGUCUCUGUUGCCAAGAUCGAAAAGAAAGAAGAGCAGUCGACAUCCACUACCGCUGUACAGGAGUCCCUCGAUCCCACGAGCACUACAUGUACUUCAGAUCGCCCAUUACUGGGCAGAGCGCAUCGGAAAGGAGGAGCAUGUCUGGUGGUCAAAGACCCUCCAGAGGAAGUCCAUGCAACCGGGAAACAAUUUCGCGACAACAAAAAUGACGCCUAUAGAGACCAGUCGUUCAUAGCUGGAAGUCAUUCAAGAUUCUACUACGACGACUUCCAGUUCGCGCGUCCGCGACAAACAACCUACACUAAGGUCCAAGGCAUGCCAGGGUCAUUUAUUGAAGAGGAAACUCAGGGGGUGCGCCGCAUGCAAGCUUUGUUAGAGGAAGUCCGUGUGGUCCGCAGAGUGAAGAAGGCGAAGUCGAAGCACGGACCUGAAGGGCAGACCUUGGAAGUGGAAAUAUCCCAUAACACGCAAGAGAAGAAACCCAUCCCGUUACCAGCUCCUGUUCUGGAUGCACCGGUCCCAGCGAAGAGGUUGUCUGUCAAAACACCAGGCGUCACGCCCCUCCCACGUAAAACAACACUAGAAAGCACGCAAGGACUUGGUAUGAAAGGCCUUUGUGAUUAUGGAGAGACGAAGACACCAGAGCCUGGUUCCAUGUCCUCUGGUAGAUCUGUAGAGGACAUCCCAUACCGUGAAGAACACACAAGCGCGCCGACGUCCACCGGUGCUCCCUCCGUUGCGUCGGCUGUGCGAAAUAGACCUUCCAGUGUUUCAAUUGGUGAACUUAGCGCUCUCUCAGAGCGCUCAGAACCUGCUGGGGCACGUACUGUGUUUAGCGGAUCUUCUGUGUCCAUGUACAGCCUUUCAGUCAAUGAACAGAAGCACCCAAAGGAAGUCCAAGAUUUGGUGUCAAGUUGUACCAGCGAUCGCAGGAAACUGCAGGGGGACGAUGUCUCGGCCUUCGAUAGUAAAUGUUCCGAGGUAUCGUUCCCUGCCAUCUUUUCGGGUGAUAGUUCGGAGAUGUCAGAUUACAAGACGGGUGGAUCAGAACUGAAGUCGGAGACGAAAAUUCUAGACACAUUUGGAAUAUCGAGCAGCUUGUCGCCUGCUUCGAACGGAGAAAGAACAAAAGACUAUGAGUUUUGUCACACGGCCACUGAGAACACAUCCCUAUGUUCUCCAAGGGAAGCACGACGAACAAUCCAGACAUCACUGCCAUUUUUGGAGGUCGUCGAAACGACGGAAAGAGGCUUUGAAACGCCCGGUGCCGUCAGCACAACAGACAUCAUCGAAGGUAUUUCGGUGUCCCCUCAAGAACGACUUGUUGCAAUGUCUGGCGACUCUUAUCCACCUGAUAGUGCUCCUAACCACACACCUUUGACGACAGAUCACCCUCGCGAAACGGCAAAACAUUAUUGGGUUAAUCCGCCGUUGUUCACUGACUACAAGCCGGAGAGCUUUGCUGAAACACUCGAUACAUCCCAACGGGAGGUUUGUGUGCUUGUAUCGCACAUUACGCCCGUUGGGUCUUACGAAGCUGUAGCGGGGCAAAGGAGUUCGCACGAUGUUCCGGAUAGCAUUAUUGGGAGUAACGUGUCUCAAGGAACAAGCGCCUCGUAUGAAGCGAAUAGCAUACCCACUGAGAACUGGAGUGAGGAGCCCGAUUACGAAGGCCAGGAAAAGGAUUCACCACGUCAACGUCGUGAAGACGUGGGCGUGAAGAUGCGAGUGAGGUGCGAUGCGAGUGGGAUGGGAGUGGGGCACUCGCGCCGUGAAGAUGCAAGCGGUAGUGUGCCCUAUCUGGCGCAUGAUUCGUACAGUUCUUCAGAAGGACAGGAAGACAAGGCUGUGCAAGAGGUUCUCAGCCGGGAUAAAUUUGCAACUCCCCGUGGUACGUUGUCCUUUGAAUUGCCUUCAAAUGAACUGGUGGAUCAUAACGCUGAUCACGUGGCCAUUAAAACUCAAGUGCUACCUGAGGCAAGUAGCCUCUCUGAAGCGAGACCGAAACAUCCGGCAGACCGACAACGUGAAGCGCUGACGCAUGAUGGAACUACAAGCGAGGACAAAGCGGUUGUGGACGUAGAUGAAGGAGGCAGUGUGGUUUUCAGUAAAGAUAGCGAGAAACACUGCGACGAAGACACCGUUGGGCAAGGAACAACCGCUGUGAGUGAGCAUGACUUUCGGGUUUCGGAGGAAGUGUCGAGAGAUGCAACUGUGAAGGAUGAGGGUAGUCAAAAACGGUCUGCGCAAACUGGUGGCCCUGCGCAUGUGGCAUCAAUUGGAUCGGGCACAAGUAGAGAAAUGUUGUCGUAUGACCCGCACAACAGCACUGAGGCAGAGUCGUACGAUAUUCUAGGGGGAACUGGCGCCUCUGCCAACGUUCACACGCCGAGGGAAACGGGACAAAGCACUGAACUUGUAUCGUUGGGAACGGCUGAUGACAAGGAUCUCAUGUCCGACGUGCAACCUAGGAAAGCUGCUAAACACAAAACACCGAAACAUAGAGGCUUGUACGAGGUGACCCCAUCUACGGCACAUCAGACUUCGAAUCUCUCAGAACAGCACACAGUAGGAGAAAGGACACGCCAUGAGACAACGGAACCCGUGGAAUGGUACGAGACAACGAAGUCUCCUACUUCCACAGGAAAGCAUGGUGCAGUGAAUGACAUGGUACCUAAUACAUCUACACGGACAGAGUCCAACGGACUGGUAGAGCAUACAGAGCACUCGACAUUGAAGCCUGUAGAAGAGUACGAAGCUGCAGAACACGCGGUGCAGGAGUCACCGAAACCAAGAGAAGUGAAGGAAAGCGCGGUCCACGGGGAGGCGCAGAAACCUGUGGAAAAGAAACUCGCUGAGCUUUCACAUUCGCCCACGGAAGAGAACGGAGCUGCCACGUAUGUGGAGCGUGAUACACGGCAACUGACAAAAAGGAAAGAACCUACCCUGCGCGCAUUACACGAUCCCAUGGAAGUCGCAGUACGUGAUCUUGCACGGCCCACCACAACAGCACGUGAACAGCACAUGGAAUACAAGCCUUCUGAAGUUAUGGAUCGAUACCGAUUAACUGAUCACGCGGUACAUGACCUGUCAAGCUUGUUCGAGCAGGAAAUUGUGCACCACGCAGGCUAUGAGACGUUUGUAUUGGUGGAGAAACCGUUUAGAAUUACAGAACUUGAAUGUGCACAACGUACAGUACACGAGGUACCACAACCUAUAAAUGAGGACAGUGUCACAGGAUACACGAUAAAGGACCAACGGGACACAAUAGAAGCCAUUCCAGUACCGGAAACAGCUCACGGCCACAUGGCUGUCCAAAAGAAACGCGAGCAGGAACGGUAUUUGAUUGCUGAGCUAAAAGACACCGCGCCACAAGAUCAAUCUGGCACGACAGAGGUCAAGCACAAUAACAAUGAUGAUGAAGAAGCAGUCUUUAGGCACAUCGUGGUCGAGAGCUCAGAAGUGGUAUCCAACAUCGCGGUUCAUUCUCGUGAGCUGUUUCAGAGCUCAAUGUUCAAAGCUCCCACCGACGUGACAGCUACAGCAGUUUUGCUAGAAACUGAAGCACCCACUUUUGAGGCACCAGAAGGAACAAAUAUUCAGGAAUCAAAUGUAGACGUAAGCUACCGAGAUUCAGCACUGAGUGAAGCUACAUCGGUUGGUCUCCUGUAUCAGCAACUGGUUUCACUUCUGCAGAAUGACGUCACAGUUGCACACGAAGAAGUGAGACCUCUGGAGACACCAUUACCCGCAGGAAGAAAGAAUAGCGAUUCUGUAUUCAGCUCUGACGCGGAGUUACCUUCUGGUUCAUCAACCGUGCGUACUGUCAGUUCAAGCGCGCUUCCAAAGGAUGAUGACGUCCUCUCAGACAUGUCAGACGGUUCUUCACCCCUCCCUUCCCAUCUGUUUGAAGACCACAGGAUAGACAGGAGCGGUGAAGUUAUCGUCCAAACUGCCAGCGUCUUGGACUACAGAAUGCAGUCGCCUUAUGGGUCACUGGCCACAGAUGAACGCAUAACAGCAGGGGGGAAUAUCGAAGUACACGAAACUCGGUCAGCGGAAUUCGCACCGUCACAGGUUAACAAGGACGCUGAAUCAUUUGAAGCCAACGAUGGACAAGUUGCUGACGGCUCAGCGACAGCCGACAAUACCGGUGAAACAGUAAAGGACAUUGAUUCAUCAGCAGCUAUUCAGGAUACAAAGAGCGCCUCCAAACAUUUUGUAAGUGCGGAGUUCAGCCAAGAUCAGCCGACAGACCACGCACCAGGGUGUCCUAGCGGCCCUUAUUUUAAACACAAGACUAAAAUUGUGGCAAUGACCCCAACUCACUCGGUGGAGUUAGUUGAGGAAAGCUUCACCAGGGAGCGCCUACAAACUACCAUCGCGGAAGAGGCUGAAGUAAGAAGGGAAAAUAUGGAGAAGCCCACACAGAAUGUUCCGGACGCACCAGAACCAACAGGUUUAGGGAACGCCGGAAACGACAGCGACGCGAAGAACAACGACGAAGAAAAAGCUCUGCGUAAAGAGUCGACUGUGAAGGGGAAGAACGCGGGACCUAGUAAAAAAACAGAUUGCAAGUCACCCGUCUUUUCGCGUACCCGCAUAUACGCCGGAAGCUCUUCGCAUAAACUAGAACUAGUCAACGAAAAGACUGCAAUCGGUGAUAAGGAGCUUCGUGCCUUACACGAUGAAUCGGGAAUGCCACCCUCUACAUCGGCUACGGGAAAGCAAGACUCGCAUUGCUGCUGUGGUGCGCAAUCAACGACGCAGUCUAAGACUGAUUGCCAGGGCUCACCAAGCAGGUCUAACUACGGCGGGAAGGCUCUGCCAGAGGGCCUCUCAAAGGCUAACGGACAGGCUCCACCGAGCAAGUGCGGGCCAAAGGUGCAAACAGAGGGCGUAUCCAGACGAGUAGAACAAGUCAUAAAGAAAAUAUCUGAUGUUGAAAUGCAUAGAAAAAACUUGCAAAGGGCAUGUAGCAAGGAGAAGAACAAAGCGAAACUAACCGUGAUGAAGCAAGACAUCGAACGUCUGAAGACUCAUGAAAGCAGUUUGCAUGAGGUGCUGAAAGCUCUGGCUCCUUCCAUGGCUCCUCCAACGAUCCUGAGCGAAUCAGAUGAAAUUUCUUCAACCGGAAACACAAAAGACACAACACGAGUGUCUUUUGAGGGGCGUGUGGUUCCUUAUGAUGACACUCAUGACUUACCUGUCCCUGUAAAAGUCGACCAGGACAAUAACAAAACCUGUAAUCGAUUACCAGAAAAUGUAAAGGACGAUAAAGUGGUGUGCUCUUCAGGAAGCACGCCAGUCACGUCUAAGAGGGAUAAUAGAAUGGCUUCUAGUCCCAUGAAAAAGGCCACUGUCCGAUAUAUCGAUGAAAACGCUACUGUGGCACCGAAGGAGAAAAAGGCAACUAAAGGCGCAUCAUGUGUGUGCAAACCGUCCACGUCAGAGAGAGACAAAGGUGAUCCGGUUUCCAUGCAGGACAACAAGGUUAAAAGCUCAAGUCCGGUGCGCAGGGCAUUACUCUCUAAAAUAGGGGUACCUUCACCACAUCAUCUCUGCAGUAGGAACGAAGGUUUCACUUCGGCGUGUAGGCCGCUCAAGAAGCACCAGACAUGCACUGACGAAAUGGCCACAGAUGACGACAAAGGUAUGGAUGAAGAAACGAAACAUACUUCUUCGACACGCAAAUCAAUACGGAUUGGUCCCGGUAGAGAACCCCACACGGUUGGAGAAGUACUGCAGGACGCAAAGAGGGACGAGGCUUCUCUACGCAAAACUGACGACAGCGAAGCUGUUGAAGACCUGUCGUUAUCUUACGAUGAUGCGGCAAACAAUAAUACUCUUAGUUCGAAUGAAACAACUACGGGCCCUAAUGUAAAUGCAGAUUCCGCGAACAACAAUCUCUCAGCUGCCGUUAAACGCGAAACUCCUCGAUAUCCCUGCCAGUGUAAAGUACCGGAUCUCGGGAAGAAAAGUGGUGAUAUCAAAUCAGGCAAUACGACGAGAUUUCAAAGACCGAAGGCCACUUCGCCGCUAGCCUUGACAACAGCGGAAACUUCGGGGGUUUUGUCGCUCGAUGCUAUCCCUGAACGCUCAUGCGCCGAUUCAGAGAAUGCUGAUGACAGAAUGGAAACAUUCCGCAUGGCCCACAGUGUGCCAAUUCAAGAGCCAACAGUAGCCGACGUUAGCGUUGUAGACUCUGAAUCAGACGUUGACGACGAUAAUAUUGCCAAACCACAGCCACAAAAGUUGGGCGCCUCCAAAGUUGGUGCUGCCACCGAUACCACGGCAACCAUUGUACCAGCCGUACACGCACGUGCAGGUGGCCACAUGAACUAUCACCCAUCGCUGUCGUUCGUUCGACGAACGGUGGUGGAAGAAAGCGUAACAACUUGUAGACGAGCCACGAGGAGGAACGCGAAAAGCGUAAUUAACCGACAGACCGGAUUAGAAGAGAAGGAUUCGAACACAGACACGACAGUUACGCGAGAAGACAGGAAGACACGGAGGGAAGAGACAAUAGAAUCCUACGAUCCUAAUGCGGACAUUUCUCAGUUUUCAAGUAGUCCUCUCUGUACGAGCCCAUUCAAUACCCUCGGGUUGUACAUACCGUCUGCAAGUUCACCUCCAUAUCACACGGAAUCUUUUGCAAUGUCCCCUGCACAGAACGGUUCGUCACCAAAGUCUCCCGGCAAGAAAGCGGUGGCUAUUCGAGUAAUCGACCAGUUCUCAUCCGAGGCCGCAAAAGUCACGUCGGAUCCCCUGAGGAGUCCCGUAGAGCCUCUGUCGAUCCUGAAACCUCAGACAACUGGAAAUGUGGAAUUCCAAAUACCUCUUCAAGAGGAUGAGGACGACGACGACGAGGAAGCCUCAUUUGAGCCUCCAGCAUCUAUCAUGGCACGAUUGGGCCGUAAGGACUCCAUUGCUGUUGCAAAAAUCCGGAAAAUGAAGCAAGACGGUGACGGAGAGGAGGAAGCUGAGGAAGAGGAAGCCGAAGAUGAGGCGGUAGAGGAGGGGGACGAACAGGACACCGAUGAUGCCGAACCAUUGUCGAAAAAAGAUUCUCAUCCUCAAACGGAGGGUGAAGAGAUGGACGAUGUCAACGAAGGACCUGAGAAGGACAAAGAAAGCGCUGGGCCUACGGCAACAGUACAUCCACCUAGCGAGCCGGUUGAGGGAACAGUACUGGUGUCAAUACGUGAAGUCUCUUUACAAAUAUUGCACGACGCUUUUCACACAGAAAAAGGAACAGAAAAUGGAGCGCUUCAACAACGGUUCUCUGUAGACCACACUGUUGUCGAACGACAUGGAGAGCUGACCACGUUGCAGACAGGCAAAGGAUCGUCCGAAAGUAGGCAACCUUUUGAUGACAAGUACCGAGAAGGUCCACGUGACAUGGACGAGGUACAGGAUAACACAAGGAAGGAGCGUUCUGAACCCGGAGGUGGCUUAGGACGUGGUCCUGAAGCCCAACACCUUCUAGAUAAGAGUGGUGGAAGUGGAGCUGUAGAACAAAGCAAGGUUCUAAUACAAAAUGGCGAGACGCCUGUUUGUGACGCAGGACGUGAACAGGGCACGCAACCAUGCACGGACGAAGUCAGCAAACGCGACGCCGUCCGUGAAAGCGAAAGCGAAACUUCCAGGAAUGGGGGCGUAACAACGCGCAAUGCUUACCAGGCUCGCGAGGUCGAAGAUGACACUGAAAUCGCAUCUGGUGGGAGAGACGUUCAUGAGGAGCCUCGUGGUGGGACAAUAAGGCAUGAAGAAAGCAAGGCAGCUACGCGAGGCAGCGUGGAGAAAUCACCAGAUUGGCUGCUGAAGCAGCGCGGUGAGUCAACGCUGCCAUUCACUGAAACCUAUGACAGAGAAGUGCCACAGCAAACUGCCUACUUGAAGUCCGAGAGUGAAGCCGAUGCAGCAGGAAAACGUUAUGGAGAACACUACCUGAAGAGGGAAGGUUCGCCACGUGGGGUGAGCAAGGCUGCAACGCCAGUUGCCGAAGGGCAGAUAUCGUCGAGAGAGACAUAUGCGAAACAAGAGGUGACAGCGAGGACGGCCUAUCUUGUCUCCGAUACUGGAACAGACAUAGAAGGCGGGCUUGAAACGAAACGAGAUGAAACUAGCAGUGGUAGUACAACAGACAGUGGAAAAGGUGCGAAAGUAAAGUCGAUCGAAGAACAGCCAUUACCGGAGGAUGCUACCUACAGAGAAGCGUCAACACGGUCUGCUUCUGCGGCCCCUCAACGCGAAUCAGACUUGACCGAGCAGGCCCUCUCAACGAAUAUGCGUACACUCAAUGGAUCAGUUGUUGAACGAGGUGUGGGUGGCUCCGCACAUCUCACUGCGGCAGAGGACGCAGCUGGUUCUCAUCACGCGGACGUCGCCACAGGACACAUACGAACUGUGCAGGAGCACUCCGAAUACUAUAGUGUGGUUCCCGACGGACAAGUUAUCGCUGAUAAAAUCACGCAGCAGGGCCAACAUGAACAUAGCAGUGUCGCACUCGAAGCACGUGCAAAAGAAAUUCAUGAUGUCGAGGCUAAGCGACACUAUGACCCAGGGGAUGAAGAACCACUGCUUACAGGCGUUGUCGGCAAGAAACAGGCGCCGUGGACAGGAGAUACAAACACAUUGGGAUCCGAUUUCGUUCCAAGCAGCUUAAGACCGGAAACACAAACACCUUCACUUAGUGCCCAAUCGUAUACUCACCGUGCGGGAAGCUCCCUUCGCUCAUCACAGGAAUUAUACACGACAGCUGUUACAGCGUCCGCUAGUGGAGCGGCAGAUUACGUAGACUCCUCUGUACCAAACAAAUCGCACGAGCAUUUCGCUGAUGAGUCACAUUUGACCGCGAAGUAUGUAUCGGAAGAACUGGAAGACAUCUCUGAACAGGAGCACCAAAUGGCAAGAAUGGUCCCCAUAUGUGAAUGUGAAAAGGCGCUUCAACGGGAACAGGAGAAACGUGGUACUGGAACGAAAGAAUACGAAACUAAAUAUGCUGAAGAAUAUGCCGCUCAGAAAGCCAGACACGGAAUUCAAGUGGACGAAACUGAGCAUAAUGGAUCUAUCUCAGAAGCUGCAGGUAGCAGGGAAACACCUAAACAGGAGCCAAAUCAAGAGACAGCUAGAGAUGUCGAUAUCGCAACAGUAGAUCACAGAGUAGUUGAACACAUCAAAAUGAUUGGUAGUGGUGCUGUCUCGGCGGUACAAAUGGACGUUCUUCCAGAGUCACCUGCUAUGUUGCAUAAAGAAGAGAGUUCAGUCUAUGACAAUACGCAACUGCGAUCUACACUGCCUUACCUCGAAAUUGAGGAAAUCGGCAGCGAAGGGAGCGAAGAUGUUGCACCAGAAGGCAAUUUCGAAACUGCACAAGCCGUAAGAGGUACCGAAGAACUACUGGCUUCCUCUGUGCGGCGUGCUGUGACGGGCGUGGAUGCAGAUGCUGAACUACUCAUGGGUAAGGGCUGUCUGAACUGCAUUGAAGAACAAACACUAUCGCCUUUGAUAGAUGCAGAGCAUGCCAUCGUGGAAUACAUAGAAAGCGUAACAGCACGUACUGUUCCGUCGCUACCUAGCAGUUCACCAGUGCCGGAACCGACACCCUCCCUGAAUACCAAGGAAACGGCAGCAGGUAACGCGCAGAUUCUGGCAAAAGACACGGUCGUUUCCCGACGGAAGUUUUCUGAUGAAUCGCGUCUCGAAAGUCACGUCGUUGCAACAGUGGUGGCUACAGCUGGAGUUGAAGAAGAUCGAACACAGAGUACCGAACAACGUAAGGAAACUUCGAGAGAUGUAGUGUACCACGCAGUGGAUGCUGAGGAGCCUCUAGAAACGGAUGGAGGAGACCUAACCAGUAUGCCCUAUAAGAAAGAGUUAGAGCCCUUUAAUAAAACCACGGUUACUAAAACGACAUCUGUAGUUGAAAAACCGGCCGCAGAUCAAGGAUGGCGACGUGCAGAUGUUGUCCAGCACGACUUAGCUGAGGUAACGUCAUCUACAGCAGCCGAAGUUGUUCCACCAAUCAUAACAGGUGUAGCAGCACCCCACACGGCCAGCGAUAUAGGCAGCGUGUCUACUGUGCUUGUGCCAUUACAGCCUCAAAACACACAAGUGCGAGAACAUGAAAGGGCGCAGCAAGGGGCCACAGAAGGUCGCAGACUAGAACCCAGGAAAGAGUUGACGAUCGACCUCUUGUUAGGGGGGGUUGGUUCACCCACUCGUAUGCAAGACACAAAGCUGCAAACCGUAUUAACAGCGCCAGUAGAGGUAACCGUGCGACCGAUCAUAAGCGAGAAGAAGAGGCGAAAAUCUGCGACCAUUAUCAUAGAGGACCGACACUUGUUUGGGCUCGUGCAGCAGGGAUCGGUCGUCAAUAGCUUAGCAGAAGCGGAGAUCGAAACGGUUUGUGACGCGCAAAGCUUGUCCCAGGCUUUAAUUGAAACGCCAGACCAUCAACAUGGAUCUAACGAGCUUGUUGAACGAUUUGCAAGCAAUGUGGUGCUCCGAGGGCAAUCUGAAGUCGAGAGCAUUGCGAAUGUUACGCGUGAUAUCCUUGCCGGGCUAACCGAGGAAGCACAGGAUUCGAGACCACUUAUUACUCGCGAUGCGUCUGAACAAAGACAGGUCAUUGCUGUUACUGGAACCCCACAAACAGAGGCCGGAAAAUUAAAGAACCAGAUAGUAUUGAAGGAACAGCACGUGUUAGGAAAGAUUGAGAUGCCAGCAGCUUUGGUCCCAUUUCAGGAUAUGGAAGGUGAAACAACGGAUGCACUGCGUGCAGUCAGUUUAUCUCAUGGACAGUUUCUUCAAGAAACGAGUUCAAAAAUGUCAUCCUUCGGUAUUGAUGAAAAAGAACUCAAGAAACUCGAAAGCCUGGAAGACGUCACGAUAGCAGUUCCUCUGCAAAGUGAAGCACAUGACGAUGUCCCGAAAGCAUUGGUGGAUACGUCAGAAAGGCUCGCCGAUGGACUUCAAAGUGGCAUGCUCGAAGAGGUAGACUCACGAUGCACUGACAUGGAAUCUGCGACACUCAAAGACGAAACAAUGAAAAUGUCAAAAAGGACAUCGCCAAGCUCGAUAUCAGGAACAGAAAGCGCGGUCGGAGAAUUUCCAGUUUCUCCGCAGCAUGUCCCUCCAGAGGGUGGAAAACCAAUCGAGUGUCACGUCGUUUCCGCGAAAGAAGUUUCAGAUAGACUGACUGUAGGAAAACUGGAAGAUGUGUCGCAGUUUGAAGAAGUCAACAUGAUACAACCAUCCAGCGUUCCUGACUCGCCAGUUUCGUUGGGUCGAGCUUUAUCGGGCGAGACAGGCGUAGAAGUCAAGUUUGAAAGCCCUGAGCGCCGUGCCGGAACUUCAAUGUCUGGCAAACGAAAGAAAGGUAGCGGUCCUCCGAGGAAGAAACGAACCGCACAGGAUGACCUUGUUGGAGUGUUACCAGCUCAUCUGAAACUAAAAGCUUUGGAAAUCAAGUUGGUAGAAGGAUUAAUGACCGCAUCUAAAGCUUUACUCUCAGUGAAGAAGGCAUUAGUGAGUGAAGCUGGCAAAGGCACCGGACCACAGUUACGCGAGGAACCAAGUCCAGUUACAGCACGGUUAUUUAGGGAGGAACCACUCGACAGUGCUGCUAUGGCGUACACUACAGAAGAACAGCAUACCUCAGGAUUCUUAGCACCAAAGUACCCCCUUCAACCACCACAAGAAGUAUAUGAUGAAGGGGAAGAACUGACGACAGAGGGAGGGGAAAAGCGGCAAGGACAUACAGAAAAGCCAACGGAACCUGAGGUAGAUCCAUUUGAAGAAGCACGUUUUCGCCUGCACCGGCAAUUCGAUACGUCACACCUCGACGUCGAAAUGUCGAAAGGCCCUCACUGGCCGAAGACGACAACCGACAAAGAAAUCGACAUCGGUCCAGCCACCACUGAAGGUCUGCGGAUCACAAAAGCACAAGAAGGUAAAAGUCCAUACCAUUUAGUCGAUGACGAGUACAGGAUGAUGAAUGGGUAUGAUGGUGUCCCCAAGUCAAAAAGUUCAGGUACAGGCAAAGGUUCACCUGGACCAGCUACACAGAAAUUUCUUCGCGAACCUCACUUAAACGAGGAUAUCUUGAACACAGAGCAUAACUUGACUCCUGGCGUUCUUACACCGGCCGAAAUGCAAGACUAUGAUGUGAAAACAAACGGGGAACAUAGGAGCACGGAACUGGCAGAGGAUAUGGAGACAUUUAAAAGACCCGUUGCCAGAUCAUUCGAUGACGAGGACCACACGGAAAGACGACAAAACGGAGAAGACAAAAAUGUUGCGAGGCCGUCUCUACCUUCCAGAAGUGUAACGACACCUGCGUCUGGGAAAUACGAGGAGGUCAAGACAGCGUUCAAGCUUUUAUCGGAAUUAGGCGGCGAGGAAAACGAAGUUUUCACCAAAGCGAUGGGUCCCCUGAAUGCACCAUGUCCACCAUUUGGGACAACGGUAAAUACAUCCAAAGAGAAGCGAAGAAACUCCGCAAUACCAGAAGCUGACGAAAGGGAAACGAAUAAACAAGAAACGGAGGUGAAAGAAGGGAUGAAAACAUCAGCAACUGAUAAACAAGAUGAGUCAGCCGAAUGGAGGAAUCGCUCCAGCGAGAUAUUCUCCCCCCGUCGGCAGUCUAAUACAGCCUACAGGUGGUUAAGUUUGCUGCCGGACGACGAUGCGCUGAGUAGCUUCAGGAAGAGUCAUGGGCUUAAAGCGAAAGAGGGAAACGAGCAUGGCGGUGGUUCGUACGAUGACGGAAUGCCGACUACCUCAUUCGCAGGAUUCACCAUCGAUGACAUACCAGAACUACCACAGACGCAUACCCGUAAAGAAUCGCAGCGACGAUCGGUACCAGCUGAGGUACAGAAGGAGCCGGUCAGUGGAGAAGGAAGACCAUUGGUGUCUCACGCCAUUGAUGCAAUCCUUGAGGAAUUCACAAAUAUGCCCCGUCCUCGUGCCAGAGACAUGGUAAGACCACUGGACGCAAAGGUGACAAAGAGAAAACGUAAACGAGAAAGUGUCGCGGAGAUAGAAUCAGUAAUCGAGGGCAUGCUGAGAAAUUCACCUGAAGUUCCGCCAGUAGUGUCACCAGUGCCAAGGAAAAGAAACAAGAAGUCGGAGAAGUCAUCUCCCGUUAACACGAAGAAGACACAACUGGAAUUCCCUGCUAUGGUAUACGAGCAAGAACCACGGGAAAGUUCGAUCGUAGAAGUACACAAGUCCAUGCACAGAGAAAUUACUGUGGGACAAUGUACAGUACCACCGCAAUGUGACGUUGCGAAGCCGAGAAAACUUAGAUGCAGUGGCGCUGUGUCACCAACCAGAGGAUGGAUGGACAAGAACCUAAUCGAUGUACAUUCAGAUGGCUCCCAUGACAGGGCACCUGUCCGGAAGACUCAUGAACGACCGUGUGAAGACCGUGAUUUCCCAGAUCAAAUGCAAGGAUACAAAGAAGCUUGUGUCACGUCAACAGGAAGGAGCAGUGCGCGUGGAUUAAGCAUAUCUGUGGGCGGCUUUUCUGAUCUUGGAGAUGAACACCAGGUGGAUACAGACAGUACUACAUCGAAACAUCGACGGUCUAGGGCACAGGCGCUAGAUGUUCCAGUCGAAAGAGGGCAUUCAUUCUCUCGAAUUCAUAGAGGUCUCCCUGGCGAGAAGGGGCAGCGGAGGGAAGAAGAUAUUGAAAAUUCGUUAAGCAGAUUUGAUCGAUUUGAGACAGACUUCGCACACGCACUUGACAGUUGUGCGAAUCUUACGGAACGCAGUGCUUUGAGCACUGAAGCGUCAUUGACAGACGACUUUCCAGGCGAAGAAGGCUCAGUGACGAAACCGUCAACAGACUCCACUGGCACCUAUCCACCUUCAUCACAGCCACUGAGAGUAAUAUCUAUUUAUUCUGUAUUGUUCGAUAAUCUCCCUACAAGAAAUGUGAACGACAUGUUGCCUGUGGAUGUGCCAAGUGCGAGCAUUGGGAGAGCCAUCCCGCCGCGUGCAUCAAGAAGGCUUGCUGGACGCAAUUUAACGGCAAGAAAACAAGGACUCAGUGAUGCCCCAGACACGCUUAUCCACACUUCAGAUUCUUUGAAAGUAGUGAUAGGCGAAGAUACUGCUUCCACGAAGCCGUUCCAAAACAGCCGAGAACUUGAGUCCAGUGAUGUGUCUUGGUCAUGUUCGUCUUCAGAGAUUAUUCCGACUACAGUUCUGUCAGAUGAAGCUGCAACAACACAUAAUUUACAAGGCGUUUUGCACCAAACCGGAGAGGACCUAACAGGAUGCGCAUCAAAGGAAAGCACACUAGAGCAGACAUUCUUCAGCAUUUCUCGAUCUUUGAUCACGCCAAUAAAUGUGCGUGACCUAGAAGCUGAAACAACAUGCCGAACGAAUAUAUCGGAGCCGUCUCUUUCGCGUCAGCCAUUACUACGACCGCCAACAAAGGGCAGCUGUUCGACCAUGGCUUCAGAAGCACAGAAGGGCGCGGAGCAAAUACUGUGGCAGCGUACCAAAAGGGCCUCUGAACCAAUAUGUGCAGAAAUGAGGAUCCCACAUACGUACCUUUUAUGUCGCUCAAGAAGUGUGCCAGAUUCAUUUAAUGCGCUUUCUCGGGAUAAUUCUGCAAGCUCUUAUGAUACGUCCAGACCAUACCAAAGGUCUCCGCAAGGUAUGCCCUCGAAGGAGGACUAUUUUCAACGGCACUCUGGAGAAUCUGCGGCGAUGACGAAGGAACAUAGUCUCACAUCGCACAGUGUGCAGUCAGCUGCUUCCAUAGGGCUCACGAGGCCCCCAGGGUACAUCGUUACAACGAAUACCCCAGUCGAAGUGAGAGACAAUCUUGUUCUAUUCGAGCCAGCAGAACUGUAUGCAACCAGAGGAAUAUUGCAUUGUGUUUCUGAUCGAAUGCAAGCUGUUUCAGCGAAUGCGGGCACGGCAGAUGUUCCCUCUGCUUUUGAACGUACUCAUUACAGUACUAUGGUACCGCAAUGUCCCCCAAGCAGUGAAGAUACAUCUUUUGAAAGGGAACAGCCUGCAAGGCUGCUUGUGGUGCGAGGUACGAGCGUUUCAGGGGAUGGACUAGAAGCUCCAGAUAUAGAAGCGAGAGUUGUGGUUUCGCGUAACCGAGCUGUGCUAUCAAACGAGCAUCCUGUCAGUAAGAUGCAAAAAGCAAAUGACACCAUCGCUAUCAUAUCAACCUCGCCUCCAAAAAAUACUGAUACUAGGAUGAAUGGUGAUCUACAAGUAGAGGAAAAGCACGCGGCUCCUGACGAGGAAAGUUCAGGAGUCGUUCUGUAUCAAGAGGGGCAACUGUCUACAGGAGGACGCGGUCCAUAUGUAGGCAAAAGUAGCGCUGGAACUCGACGUAAUUUCAAAACCAGCAAAACAUGUGACAUACCAUGGAUCACCAAAUCAUUGGAGGACAAGGAAGACAACAGGAUUCAAGGGCGGAAAGCAGGAAACACGAGCACAGCUCUGGACAAGGUACCCGACUGCACGCUACGGAACGGAGCAUCGCUACAAACGCGGGACGAGUUCCCUGCGCUGCCAGGAGCAAUCGCAGACACCAAGACGCUUAUAUAUAAUGCCCGUGCUUCUAAAGUGGAGGACCAGAAUGCAGUCGAGAAGGAUGUUAAAAACAAAAUAUUUGACAUUCCCGUAGCAGUCCCACGGCAGCGCACGAUCGGAAAGUUCUUGCACAGAGAAGACGUCAUUGCCAACGACAACGCGUCAUUACAAAAGCGGCCGUCGCUGCGCCAGCUUCAAGGGAGAGAAUCGAGGGCCCCGUUUAUGAGUCGAUCAGCGAAACAUCCUAGCGAUUUGUUGCCAGAUCCCGGUGUUACAUCAGAGAAUGUCGCAAAAAGAUCCACAGUUUCCACAACAAAUGAUCACCGUGUUCAACAAGAAAUGUGGUUUAAAGUUACUGAUGAACAAGAACGAGGUUCUUUGUUAGUUGCAUCGAAUGGAGAGCCGUCUCAGCAACAAAAUCCCUCAUUUGUUUCAGACCAUGCGAUCAUGGACAAGCAGCCGACCUCAACGUCCGUUCAACCUAAGGCAGAUUCAGCCUCUCAGCCGGACGCUAGAACCGAAGAACUUGGUGUACAGGAAGUCGACUCUGCGGGUACGGAGCCCCAGCAAACGCAGAGCUCUGCCAACCAGUCCGGUAGGGAACGUAUCACAAAGGAGGAGCUAGAAGAGUACUUGAAAGCCGCCAAAAAAAUGCAGCUCAGACGAGGAUCUGCAAUGCCUCCGUCUGGUAAAAGUCCUCCCGGUGGAGGUAAGAAGGCAAAGGAGAAACCGAACGUAGUGAUGGAAGCAAAAAUAGAGCUUUAUGGUAAGGGAAGAGUCACGUUCACGUUUGACGCUGUUGCGGACGGAACGGAGGAGGCAGAGCGCGAAUCGAUGGUUGACAUAACCGAUCGUAUGCCUUUGGGGCCGGCGACGACACCAAGGCCGUCUAUAGUUGACAUGGGGGAACGAUCGGCAACUCGUCAAGCUUCAGAGCUAAGUAAGAGAUCGGUAGACUUCGGCAGUCAAAUGAAGGAUCAAAGUGUCCUUUACGAACCUAGUGAGCCCCCGAGUACUGUUGGUCAUGUGCCUGGCCAAGAAGCGGAACCUGAGAGGAAACCUCAAGUGUUUGCUGAGGGCAUCGAACCUCAACUGCCUGUAACCGCGUUUAGAUACGAAACAGAAGAAAAGUCUCAACUACCGGUAACACCCUCGGAGCGGACGUUGAUUACGGACAAAGAUUCGAUUCGAAAACAUGAAAGCACGACAGGUGGGAUUUUUACUGCCGUUCAGACGCCAGUAGGAGCGCAAACCCCAUUGUCAAAAGCGCCUGUGCAGGCACGAACAACAGGUGGUCUUUUCACGUUGGUUCAGACGCCAGCUGGAGGGAUGACGCCGAUACCAAUACCACCUGUACAGACACGGACGACAGGGGGUCUCUUCACUGCGGCUCAGACACCAGUCGGGGGAAGAACACCACUCCCUAAAACUCCUGCAAUGGCACGAACCACAGGAGGUCUUUUCACCGCAGCUCAGACACCACUCGGGGGAAUAACACCACUUCCUAGAACUCCUGCACUGCCACGAACCACAGCAGGUCUUUACACUGCGGCUGAGACUCCGUCCGAAGGAACCUCCCCGCAGCAAAGAACACUCAUGCCGGCACUGACACCAAGUAGUUUUCUUUCCGGUGUUCCUACGCCAGAUGUACAGUCAGCGUCCUAUCCAUCUGAAGUGUCGCCCGUACCAGAAGCUGCGAUGGCUGCAGUUGCAGGAUCUAAAAGUUCUCUUGAGUCCCCCGCGUCAAGAGAAACGUCCCCGCCGCAAGAAACACCAGCAGCACAGAUGAAAGCAAAUGAAGAGAUGUUAUCCCAUGAAUCGGCAGCAACACCUACGGAAGGGAGCAUAGACACUACAGAGCAAAUAGCGUCACAGAAGAAAAUUGUUCCAGAAAUUACAAAGGAAGAAGGCGCAUCAAGUAUUGUUCUUGAAUAUCCAACCAGUGAGUCCUUCGGGAAACCAAGAGACGUUUCUUCCUUUAGGGAAACCACGCCAGCAACGUCUCUACAAACGUUCGGGACAGAAGAAAAGAAAGUUCUGGAGACAAUUACAAAAGAUGCAGAGACGAAGCUGGAAAGAACUGCUCCCGAAGCACCUGCACAGUUGUUAGCACCCUUUACGGGAGUCACGGAAGAGGCGGAAACAAAAACACUUGUGAGUACCUCCUCCGUUGAAGUAUCAACAGAUAUGAAACUGGUGAGCGAUACGCAUGAAGAAGUGCUCUCAGCAGUAUCUGUAUCGCCAGAAGAGGUGAAAGUAGCGCAUGCAGACGUCACAGAUGAGAGAAAGGCAGGAACACCUGUGACUGUUUCUAGCAUUGACGAGAAAGUAUCGGCAGACACUGUCCAGGAAACCGUGGAUGCAUCAUCGAGAACCUUAAGAGAUUUGGAAAGCGUUACGCAUGAAGUCGAAGAGGCGUAUUCAACAGUGUCUCUUUUGCAAGAAGAUAUGGGAGUAUUGUCCAGAGGUUCCGUUGAAAUGGGCACGACAGAAACUGCUGCAAGCAUUUCAACCGUUGACGAGAAGGUAUCACAUAUUUCCCAAGAAAUUGUGAAUGCAUCAUCGAAAACCCUGAGAGAACUAGAGAGCAUUGCAUGUGAAAUAGAAGACUUAUUUUCAGCACUAUCCAUAACGCAAGAAGAGAUGGGAGCACUGUCUGGAAGUACCAUAGAAAAGCCCGUGACAGAAACACCUGUAAGUGUACCUGCCGUUGCAGAAAAGGUAUCGGUCGUUACCCAGGAGAAUGUGGAUGCAUCAUCGAGAACGCUGAGGGAAAUAGAUAGCGUUACACAUGAAGUAGAAGAUGUAUCUUCAGCAGUGUCCAUAUCACCAGAAGAGAUGGGAGCACAGUCUAUAGGUAGCGCAGGAAGGGUAGUCACUCACACAUCUGUAAGUGUUUCUUCCAUAGACGAGAAAACGUCAGCAGACUCUACCCAAGGAACUGUGAAUGCAUCAUCCAGAACCAUAAAAGAACUGGAGAGCACUACUCACGAAAUAGAAGAGGUGUAUUCAGAAGUAUACAUAUUUCCAGAAGAGCUGGAAGCGCCGUCCACAAGUGCCAGAGAAUACCUAGUGACACAAAUGCCUGUAAGCGUUUCUACUGUUGAGAAAAUAUCAGCUGAUGCUGAUCAAGAAACCGUGGAGGCGUCAUCGAGAGCACUGUGGGAACUCGAGGGCUUUGAACAUGAACAGGAAGAGGUGCUUCUAGACAUAUCGAAGUUAUCAUACGAGUUGGAAGCGCCGCCUACAGGCAUUAAAGAGCCAACAGCAGCUGGAACAGCUUCUGUGGAAGAAGGCAUGUUGUCAGAAUAUGUCGCCCAAGAAAUUUCUGGAGACGCAUCGAACACGCUAGGGCGACUCGAGAGUUCUACACGUGAACUAGAAGACAUACUUCAUUGGAUAUCGGGUCUGAAGGAACAUGCUGCCUCUAUCCUUGGACCUCCUGAGGAAAGAGCAAAAAUGACUACGGCAGGUGGGUCUACUGAAACGCACAAACAACCUGACUUGGGAACCGUCAUAACAUCCGGCGCAGCCGUUAAAGUCGUCACGGAAGCCUUGAGCAAGCCGGAUGAAUUGGGGACUGUACAGGAAAUGACAUCAAGAGUAUUGACUCCUGCGGAGGCGGAUGUUUUCUCUUUCGAACGUUCUGAAGAGGAACCAGAAAGCAGACCUGUGUCACCUGAACCGACCAAAGCUGUAACUGAAUUCUCAGUCGGUUCAACACUACAACUCGCUGAGGAACAGCUCCCAUUGGAAGUCGAGUUACUUGAAGGAGGUCUCAGUGUUGAACUAACUCGAAGAGAAGCGCUUUCAGAAGCACUGUGCUCGGAGAACAUUACGGAAGCCUUGAGAAGACUAGCAGAAAUUCUGUCAGUCACACAAGACGUUGCAAAGGCCUAUUCGGAAGCCUUAGCUGGGAAGAAAACCUUCAUUUCUCCGCAAGACGUUGGCGAAUUCACAUCAGUAGGUGUUCCCUCUAAUAGAGAUAUAUCGCAGGCUUUCGUGCCACUAAGUGAUACAGCCACUCAGCUAGCAGAACCUUCUGAACAGAGAAUAGUCGCAGGAGAGGCGAAUAUUGGUGAACUAACAACGCCUUUGCCUGAAAAUGUUACGGAAGCACUAAGGAGAUUGACUGAAAUUGUGACUGCCACACAGGAAGUAGCUAAAGCUUAUGCUGAGACCGUGGUUCUCAAGAAAAUAGCUCUUCCAGUGGAACCGAAAACUGACGUCGACACGCGAAUAGCAGCUGAAGCAUAUGAUAAAAUAAUGGAUCAAUCGAUGAUGGAGAGAGCAAGUCCUGUGCCUUUAGAUGCAACACAGCUCGUUGCAGAACUUCGCCCUGACGAGAGCCCAAUGGUACCUACAAAAAUAUCAAUUUCCCAGCCCGAAACAGCUGUUCAGGUACUGGAACAAACUGUGUUGGACACAAGGAUGACCGAGAAAGUGGAAUCAGUGGAGCCGUUAGAACUGCCAGCGACUGGCGUAGGAGCAAGUGUGCUCGUACCUGUGGGAGAGGCGGAAGAACAGGGUAUAGUUGAAAUGGUUACGGAAGCUCUGGGACGUCUCGUAGAAGUAGAAACAAGUAUACAGGCAGUGAUAAAGGCCUAUUCGGAAGUAUCAUUUCUGAGGGACGUCUCAGUUGUACCGGUGCCGGCAGAUAGAACAGGACUGAUAGAUGCUAGAGCCGAAGUCGCAAGUGCACACUUGUUUCGAGAAGCUGCGCUUCCUAAGCCUGUAGAAGUAGAAACCAAAGAAAUUAUGCAAGCUGUUGAGAACGUGCAACUUCAAGACGGUUUCCUUGGAGACCUUGUGGCACUAGGCGUACAAGAAGUAUUGCAAGUUGAACAGCUGGUGCCAACGGACAUACGCGAUGAGCAUCUUGUGGAACUACCAGAUAAGCAGCUUAAUGCCGUAGAAGUAUCUCCCACGGAAGUAGUACCUGGGCUAUCGGGGGAAACCGUUGCACCAGAAGGUUUGACUGUAGAAUCACCGGGUGCUCUAGAACGUACACCUCAUGGAUGGGAUGAAGGACAUCGUCCAGAGCCUGAGGAUGUACAUCCGGCUGAGGUUCGGGCGCUAUGGCAAAUCGAACAGGAUGUCGCUACCCGAGUGGGAAAAUACGUUGUUCCCGAAGACCUCGCACUUUCCCGAGAUGAUCAUGUGUCCUUGCUUCCAACCCCGCCAGCUUUUAUGCGCGUGGUAGGAGAACAAGACCAAGAAACAGUAGCCACAGACGUUGUGGUACGGGCUCUCAAGGACGAAACGUCACAGCACGAAGCUCCGGACGCUGCAGAAGGACUUGUUGAUGAUGUUCAAGGAGCUCAGGGCACGUUGGAUCUUGAGAUGGAAAUAUCGAAAGGGAUCUUGAAGGAGGCGUUAAUAGUGAGAGAUGCAACGACUGCACGGGAGAUACACCCGGAGCUACAACACGACGAAGCAUCUGCCGAGGAAGCUGAAGCGCCUGUAGAUUUGGAAACCAUUCCAUUCAAUGUAAGCGAAAUGGACUGGGAAACAGAGCUACGCCAACUUCGUGACAACCGGCUACUGUCCAAAGGAAAAGAACCUAGGAAAACAAAGCCCAGCAUUGCCGAGGAAGAAGCAAUAGGAGUACCGGUUGAAAUAAGUUCAACAGUUGACAAGCAGGAACCCCUUACAAUUUUGCGUGAACUUGACGUUGUGAAGACAGUAUCCGGAGGCUAUGAGAUUGUUGUCACGUGCGAACGGGAAGUGAAACGGCUUAGCCCCGACUCAGCACCCUUCAUACUAACCGGUCAGCUCCCAAGUUCUACCGCGUCAAGGUCGACGCAGAAGAGGAAUCUGGCAUUGCCUGAUAAGGCUCUGGACGAUACACAGCUGAGUGCUAGUAAAAAGCUGAAAGAUAUCGAGGAAAGCGAAAGCUCCAGUAAGACCCCGAAAGGUAAAGCUUUUGAAGAAGCCGAGAGAGAAUCGCCAGUCAGGAAGGAGCACCACAUUAGCGGUUCCAAAGUGGAAAGACUGCGUCGGAGAACAUCAGUUCCAAAACGGAUUUCUCUCUUUCGGCCACCUCCCGACAUAGUGGAGGAAAUGACGGUCGACACCACAGAUGUGGCACCACAUGAGAAGGGAAAAGACAGCAGCGGAGAUGUCGACUCUGAGAGUGUGGUACAGAAAGAAGAGGCAACACAGGAUGACCUUCUUCUCUUACCUGACUCUGAAAAGUGUUCCAGGGAACCGCCUAAAGAGACGCCUCUGAGAAGAAAGAGAACGUCACUGCCUACGUCUGACGCAGGGGUAACUGAUAUGACAGGACGGGAUUUGAAAAUUCUAACUGAAGGUAGCCCUGAUCAGUCUGGUCACUGGCUAAUGGAGGGGCCGCCUGAAUGCUACAGAAUGCCAGAACCUCGACCACGAGGAGUGCUGGAUACAUCACGCCGAAGUAUUACGCGGGGUGGUACAAUUGAAAGAGAACAGCCAUAUAAGGAACAGAUUGGAAAGGAAGAAUGUCAGUCUCCUGAUGGUUCUGUGCAAGUAUCCGGAGACACUGCGAACGAAAGUAGCUACCCGGCAGAAGCGCAGGCAAGCUUGGAACCUAGGGAAAUUCAAAAACGGGAAAUUUCUUUGAGGCAAACCUAUGCUGAGAAACAGGAACCUUUGUCGCAGAGGAUGAUCCUGGAGCACGACGGUGACACUAAAAUUUCAAAUAGGCGUGAGGCGCAUUCCCUGCCCGCUGAAGAAGAGCUGCUUCCCCGGACACUCUGUGAUCUCACGGAAACUGCGGUUGCGCAUCAGGAACUUCUAUCACAGGAGGCGCAAGAUCAUAGAAGUGUCAAUACGGCUGACGAGGAAAAGCUAAUGGAAAGUGCAAUUGUGGAAGAUAGACCAACCCUUCCUCAAGUAGUCCUGAAACGAGACGUCGUCGCUAAUCUCUUAGACAAGAAUGUGACAGAAACGUGUGCGCCAGCAGAAACCUUGGGUGGAGACAGACGAGUUGUGGUGCUGACGGAGGAGACCACAGUCCCUGUUGAAGAGGAAAAAAGUGAGGUAGUAGUUUUGUGGAGCAGGGGCGAAACCGUCGCGAUACAAGAAGCCGAAGCCGUAGAAAUACCAGCUGAACAAGAGAUGUUACCAAACAGAAUAGGAGUCGACAACCGCAACCACCAUUAUGCUGAUGGCUUCCAUGCUCACUCUGGAGGUCUGAUUCCUUACGCAAGACAGCACAAGAGGAAUGCAGAAGCCUCACGAAAAAAAGGCACAGUGGUGCGUGCUCUAAUGCCUUUGCCCAAAGUUAGAGCACGGCCACCAAGGUCUUUGAUUGAGAAAGCUAAUCAAGACGUCAGCGGAAGCAUAAAAGAUCUUACGGAGAUCUCCAGCGGAAUGAUCGAGACAUUGUAUGACGUCGGUCUGUGCGAAGCGAAACGUGCAAGUGUGGAAGUUAUACCGGAAAACCUUGUGAUCAUGGAGCAACCACAAAGCCGAAAUGUGUCUUCCGGCCGCGAAGAUAUUCCACAUGUUUCACGUACGAUAAUUAGCGCAACGCAUGUUCCUGACGUUUGUAAUUGGAAACAGGACGUUGCUGAACGGUUCACAGAAGGCUUGUCUGCUGAGAGAAAACCGUUUCCGCGAACUCUUAGUAAAAAGGGAACCAAACAAGAAAGCGAAGUAGUGAUCAUAUCCACCGGGGUCAAAAAUACUAAGCACCAAAAUAUUGAAAGGAUACACGCAGACGACGUGGGAUUGACUAGCUUAGGCGUUCCAGCCGUCAGAGAGCCGUUGUCCCGAAGAGUUAUUGAGAGAGAAGAUUAUGUAGCAACGGCCAGAAGGAGCACUGCAAUGCGUUCCGACACUUCACAUGGAAUCACUGAAAAAAUGCGAGGAGAGACCAGAAACCAAGGAAAAGUGGAAGCAGCAUUUGGAAAACAAACAUCUGUGCAAGUAGCGAGUUCCUCAGAGCCAGUUCCAUUCGAAAGAAAAAGGAAGUGCGCUGCAUUUUCAGAGGCGAAGCGGAGAACAUCACUGCAGACAGCCUUGUGUCCUUGUUAUGCCGACGAGGCCGUGGUCCUGGUAACACAGCCCAUUGCCGAGAGAGUGCCGUACGUCAAUGCCGCACUAUACACGGCGCUAGACGAUGGCCAUGUGAAAGAGAAAGAAGACCAGGAUCCCGUUCGUGGAACUCGAGCAAUGGUGUCACCGCAUGAGGUUGGUUCAAGCCUAGAACACCGUAAGGACAAACGUAAACACGCUGAACUGGACAGGGGAUUACGAUCUUCAGCUUCUCGUGGUCUACCGCUCUUCUCCGUGGAAAAAAUUGCUUCGCACUCGCUACUCUCAAUCGAGCCGGAGGACCAGAGGCGACAGAAGCGUAGGGUCAAACGGCCUCCCAGCCACGAUAAUAUGCAUGCUCAGAUGGGUGCCAAUUUCACCACAGCGUGCGCAGAUCCACUUCUGAGACGACCACGAACCGAGAACAGAGAGCCCGAGCUGUGCGCUUCUUUUUCGCUGAUGUCAACAGAGUUCGCGAUGUCCAGCAAAGAUGUCCGUGACGCUUCUACGUACACCCUUGAGUCUGAUACAGAAGACGAUCAGGAGGCCCAGGAUGAAUAUCUACCGCUUUACUUGCACCGGGUCACGCUCAAUGAUAAGCCUUCAAUUGCCGAGAUGAUCCGAAAGCUAACACCGUGCAGUGAAGAAAGAGAAGAAGCGGUCCCGUCGAACUGGAAGUUGAAUCCUGCGAAAGGCAUGGAGAAGUGGCCAUCGCCGUGCGUCCAAGAUGUACGGUCGACGACCAUAUUCCUUAUGGGAGGGAUCAACCUUGCUGCGCUGGACCAAGUACUGACUGGGUGCGUCAUGCUUCGCUACAACGUGGAAGAAGGCGAAUGGAGACGCUGCAGCAUGAUGCCUCUGCCACGUUAUGGUCACAGAUGCGUCUAUUUGAUGGGAGAGAUCUACGUCAUCGGCGGCUUCGACAACCGGGACGCCAUGUACGGCCUGCGCAUGUCUACGAGCUUCUGCUUCCGCUACAACGCUCAAACGGGAGAGUGGAGUGCCACAGCGCCCCUGAGAUAUGCCAGAGGAUACCACGGCGUCACUGUGCUUGACAAUCGAAUCUUCGCUGUUGGCGGCGUAGACGCCAAUGACCUGUUACUUUCCAACGUGGAAUGUUACGACCCCGAAGAGGACACGUGGACAGUACUGCAGAAGGGCCUGUACUGUGGCCGCAUGGGCAUGGGAGUCACAGCCUUCCAGAACAAACUUUGGGUGGUGGGAGGCAUCGUUCAAAUCGCUGGCCUACAGACAUGUUCCACUGCUUACGUUGAGAUAUACAACCCGGUGACUCAGCAGUGGACGUACGCCGCCAGUUACCUUCCAUCUCCGCGGACGUGCGUGUCGCUGCUGAACGUGGACGACCGCGCCCUCUACUGCUUCGGGGGCAUCUACUACAACUGCGUGGGGCCAUCGCGAAAACUGAUCACCAUCGAGGACAUCCUUCUGUACAACGACGCCAACAAAGUGUGGAAGCAAGUGGACUAUCUACCAUCUCCACGCCAUAAUGCCCACAUAUUACAAUACAGGAACCAGACGUUUGUGGUGGGGGGUCAAGACGUAGAGAGGCCAGACGACCCCGUGCACAGCGUCCUUACCAUGGAGACGUCUAGUGGGAAGUUCCAUUGGAAGAGGCUGAAGGACGUGCCGUUGCCCAUCUCAUCCUAUGGGGCUGUCAUCAUCCCUCCCCUGGAACAGGCAGCGCAGCGCACGCCCCGAUGACCAUCCACCAUACGUGCGGUCACAAAGUGCCUCCAGUAUUACUAUACUAUCUCAAUAAGUUAUUCUAUAUUCCUAUAAUAAUAAACGAAAUCAAUCCCGAUCAAAAUAAACAAACAUUGACAAACA